GGUGGUGGUUGGUUCAUGGGUUGGUUGGUUUUUAUUGCUGGAGCGGAAGGAAGGGGGCAGGAUUCCAUUGUUCCUCUGAAGAGUCAUACAUAAUCUCAUCUUUUAUUUGCAUCAACGGGUGGCGGGCAUAGAAUCAAAACCGGGAACCGCUGGACUUAAUACGACCGUAACCUGGACCAUAGGCUCUGCCACGACUGAUAUGGCGAGAUAAGGAAUCCAGCCAAAAUGGACGAGUGGACGUUGAAUGACCUGCUUGAGUGCUCCGUGUGCUUGGACCGGCUGGACACAUCGAGCAAGGUGCUGCCCUGCCAGCACACCUUCUGCAAGAAGUGCCUGCUCGACAUCUACGAAGCACACAAGGAGCUACGCUGUCCUGAGUGCAGAGUACUGAUUGAGUGCACUAUUGAUGAGCUGCCGUGCAAUGUGCUGCUUAUGCGCAUUCUCGAGAGCAUCAACCACUCAGGCAAGAAACCCGCCGCAGCCAAACCCGUGGCCGCCCCGCACCACGUUAGCGAGCCUAGGCAUCACCACAGACACCAGCACACUUCCAACCCAGCCACAAAGCCAGAGACCACUGCCAAAGAACACGUCAUCCUCUCCUGCCAACCCUGCGCAAGAGCACUCUACAGUUAUUCCUCGCCUGAAGCAGGUGACCUCAACUUCAAAAAGGGCGAUCUGAUUUUGCUGAAGAAGAAAGUAGAUGCUAACUGGUUCCACGGAGAGUGCAAUGGCAAUAAAGGCGUCUUUCCUUCUGUGUACGUGGAAGUGAUCAAUCCUUUACCAUCGCCUGUGCCGCAAUGCAAGGCUCUCUAUGAUUUCAAGAUGAAUUCUGAAGAGGAAGAAGGCUGUUUGGCGUUCAAAAAGGGUGAAAUAAUCACAGUUAUCAGACGCGUUGAUGAAAAUUGGGCUGAAGGACGGCUAAGCCACAAAAUUGGAAUUUUCCCUCUGGCUUUUGUCGAGAUGAAUCACGUCGCUCGAAAUCUCAUGAAGCUGUCCUCAAAUGCACAUCCUGGUCCAUCAAAGGUAGCACCACCUACGCCAACCUCUGAGGAAACGACUCCUCUUAUACCGAUUAGCAGUGAGUUGAAGACCCACCACUUGGUAGAGCGGCUGGAGCCAUCAUCAAGCUCUCAGUCAUCUGCCUCGCCUAACAGCUCGACCAGCACGUCAACGCCAAGCUCGACUUCUCCAUCAUCGCCAGCGUCGCCACCGCUUCAGGAGAAGCCACCACCACCUAACCCUAGAAGCACUGCCUCCGCCUCACACGCGCCCCACAAAGAGAAGCGACACAGCCUCAACCUGCUACACCCGGCCAACCCCACAAGGCACCUAGCUGAUCCCUCAGGAAUUGAUGCAAAUUCUUCAGGCGAAAAACACCACGGCAGCAGCCGCAACCACCGCCACCACAAGCGUUCAAUCAGUGACCACCAGGGCAGUGUCCAACUUCCUGCAGUUUAUGUCGCCAUGUACCCUUAUAAGCCGCAAAAAGCAGACGAACUGGAGCUGAAGAAAGGCGUUGUUUAUAUAGUGACUGAAAAAUGUCAGGAUGGAUGGUUCAGGGGCACGUCUCAAGUCACAAACAAGAGUGGCGUCUUCCCAGGCAACUAUGUAGCACUGCCAAAAAAUCAUGCAUCGCCAGCAAACAGCAGCAGGGGCCAGGCGCAGGGGUCACCUGGCUGGGGAAGGGCGCAGCCGACACAGCCAAAUGUAAACAAGGCCUCCACCAAUCCUGACAGGCCGUACCUGGAGAUAGCCAAACACGUGCUAGCGGCUGCUCAUGCCGCUGUGCAGAAUGUCGCGUCGUCGCAGCCAAACGCUACACCUACGAAGAGCACUCAUGUCCAGUCAAAUCUUUGUGCUCCUCCUGAGCUUCCACCAAGAUCGGUCAGUCCAAACUCAAUCCUGGCAGCUUCAAGCAUUUCUUCUGCAUGGCGCGCUCAAGGACCUGAGUCCAUGAUAACCGUAACAGCGCUGCCCCGUGGCCAAAACGCCUCGCAGCUGGUUUCAACAUCUGUUUCGGCUUCCCCAGUCGUUUCUCUCGCACCGCAGGGUCACUCAUCUGCUGAGAAGGCUAAAGAUAAGAAAAGUCUGGGAAGUGGCCUGAUCCGUCGACUGGCCACGAUCAAAAACUCCAAGUCGCCGCCGCCGUCGACCUACUCAAUGGACAACCCGGUCUUCGACGACGGUUCACUCUCAGGGACAGAUUUAGUGACGGCAACACCUGCGGUGGCUGCCCUUGCGCCGUCAGCCACUCCUGUGCACACCAGGUCCGGAUCGUGUCCCAGUCAGCUUUUGCAGCAAACCCCCGACUGCUACAAAUCCAAACAGCACUUCUCACAAUCAGCCGGAUCGCAACGUAUCAAGCAUAAGGACCCGCGGUCCAGCAUGCCAAACCCCUUUGUCGCCAACAGGUCCAACCCUGCUUCCGCCGAUCCAGCGAUGACUUCAAAUCACAGGAAGUCAAAUUCGUUAGACGCCUCAUCUGCUGAGCAUGGCAAGAAGAACCGCGCCCUCUUCCCUCCUGUCAAGGAGAGAUUUCGGUGCAUUGUGCCGUACCCACCAAACAGCGAGCACGAACUCGCGCUGGAAAUGGGCGACGUGAUUUACGUGCACAAAAAGCGCGACGACGGCUGGUACAAGGGAACGCAGGAGCGCACUGGUCGCACGGGACUCUUCCCAGCCAGUUUUGUUGAGGCCUUGUGAGAGUCGCCAAGGCGGGCGAAACCCUUGCCAAUGCUUGAGAGUUGCAUUUGAGAGAAGGAAUGAGUUGCUUUCCCCGCCGCUGUCGCACCCAACUGUGUAAAUUCCGUGUAAAUGUAUUUUGGUAUUUUGACCGCGCGUUACUUCGACCCGAAGCACCAAGCCGCACACUAGUCAUGCCAGGAAUAAUAAUUAAUUGUAUGGUAGGUUAAAAUUAAAUUUUAAACCGCAAGGCCAAAAUCAUGUAAGUUUGGUGCUCUAAGUAAGAAUGUUAGCUGAUAUCAAAUUGCAUAGCUUUUCAUAUACACACGACGGCUUUGCGGCGGUCUUUAUAACAAGGUUUGGAGAUGAAAUUUGCUGUCGGUUCUGACUGCAAAGUGAAUUUGUUACAAUAGGCUCUUGACAAUGUGGCCUAACCUCCCUAAAGACCCUUAUUGGUACUCUUUAGAUCCAGGAGUUGAACUCUGGAGUCAAGCAUUGACCUCACAGAAGAGCUUGCAUUGGAAAAGUUUGAAAUCCGCCUCUUUGUGAACAGCAUUUUGCAGGGAAGAACGUGGUACUCUUUCCUAGGCAGCUCAAUCAUUUACAAAAUCGGCCCCAUGACUCCAAGUCCAGAUUCUAAGUUUUCUGGACUGAUUAUUCUGAAAUCGAAGUCAUAGCCCUGUUAUCCCUAAAGAGAGCUUAACAUUUCACUUGGGGACAAAAAAAAUAAUAUGGAAUGGCAUAUUAACGCCAAACUUAGCUUCCGUUUUAGAGCAAAACUCUGAAUGGACAGUAUGUUAUGUCCGUGUUAACUAGGAAUUUAAUGGUCUCGUUAACCAACGCCUUACAGGCCCAUAAGGUAGACUCUCUUCUUGUUUGCUUUAAGUUGACAAUUUUGAGCCUUUUCUGCAAUAAGGACUAACGACAUCAUUGCGAUGAAAAUCGGGGUUGCGAUCUUGAAAUUGACCUCACGCUUAGAUACUCACGCCCUUAACAAGCAGAUUUUAAAAUUUUACGAAACCGGUCAAAGCGUACACAUAAGCUAGAUUUACCCACGUUAGGAGCUUGCAAGUGGAAACCACUUUUUAAAACGUAGCUUGUGCAUUUUUCUAACUUUUUGAUACCUACAUACGCUAUAGGAAGCAUGAAAAUAAUACGUACACCAGCUGUCCAUGUCCAUGUAACUGCCCUUGUUGAUAGUAACAUUUUUACCUGACUAUGUAUCUUAGCAUUUCUCUGGCGUGUGUGAUAACCAAUGUGUUUCACGUAAAUCCGAGUUGAGUUUCUUGUUGAGGAUCAUAGUCUGAUACGAAUGUGUGCAGCCAUUAUUGAUUGAAUUAAUUGUCUGUGAACGUUUUGUCUAGUGUUGCAGAUGCAGAUACCAAGUUAUGAAAUUAAUUACUGUAAAUUACAAUAGGUGAUAGCGCCAUAAGCAUUUUUUAUCUUAUAUAUUAAACAGUUUGGACUAGUGUUUCAUAUGCAAUUCGUGCACCAUUUAAUGCGCUGUAUUUAUUUCCAAACUGAAAUAUCGAACGCUGUUUUUCUGUGAAUUAAUUGUGAGCCAAGUUAUGAUACACUUUAGCCCCCUAAUUAAAAACUAUUUAUGAUUCUUUAUUUUAUUAUGAUUGUUGUUGCUGUUCAGAAAUAUGACGUAACAUUGCGUUGACAAUAUACAUAUGUGUCCCCUUCCAUGUCGAAUAUUUCUUCAAUCUCUAUUUGAAAACAAAAACUUUGUGUUAAAUGUUUUUUAAUUUAAAACACGACUCGUCCAUGCUACGCGCGUGGGAGCCAUAAACUGCAUUUUGGGCUGGGACUCACAAUAUUGACAUAAAAUCUCUGUUUGGUGAUAACGGAUGGAAGAAAUUAAUGCUAAUAAACUAUAUUUGGCAAUUUA